UUAGCCUUUUUAAACAUUAAAUGAGUCCAAAUACUUUAUAAAGUUAGCACAGCUUAGGAUAAUUUUCCCAAUAGCCACACCUUAUGAAAAAGAACAACCACUAAAACGGAUGUAUUACGAUUGACAGCAAAACGGACCAAUGGCAAUAAGCAGUGCCAUAGCAGGACCCAAUAGGAAAGCCAUUGACUAUGUUGGGCGGUGGGUGACGUUUGAUCUACUAUGGCUGCCGUCAGCAGGAGCAGGCACCGGAGAGAUUCUAAAUCAAUACACAUUAGAAUUUCUCAUCGAAAGAUGACGCCUUUUAAACUCUUGUGGUGUUUAGUUUUCUUUGUUUUUGCUGUUAGCCACACUUUUGCUGACGACGAGGACGACGACCACGAAAUGGAGGAAUUCCUCAAACGAGAGUAUUCCCUCACCAAGCCCUACCAAGGUGUGGGGUCUUUAGGCUCCUCCCACUGGGAGCUGAUGGGUGAUGCCAUGGUAACCACCGAGCAGGUGCGCCUCACGCCUGACAUGCAGAGCCGACAAGGGGCAGUAUGGGCCCGGCUUCCGUGCCAUCUGAACGACUGGGAGAUGCAGGUGCACUUUAAGAUUCACGGACAAGGAAAGAAGAACCUCAAUGGAGAUGGGCUGGCUAUUUGGUACACAAAGGAGCGCAUGCAGAAAGGUCCUGUGUUUGGAAAUAAGGACAAUUUUACUGGAUUGGGUGUUUUUGUGGACACGUACCCCAAUGAGGAGAAACAGUUGGAGGCACAAAAGAAGAGAUACACUCCCCGCACACAGAGGAUAUUCCCUUUCGUUCUCGCCAUGGUGGGCAACGGCACCAUCAGCUACGACCACGAGCGGGACGGCCGUCCCACGGAGCUGGGGGGCUGCAAUGCCAUGGUGCGCAACCUCAAGCACGACUCCUUCCUAUUCAUUCGCUACGUCCGCCGCAGACUGACGGUGAUGAUCGACAUCGAUGGACAACACGAGUGGAGGGACUGCUUGGACAUACCCGGCGUGCGGCUGCCAAAAGGCUUUUAUUUUGGAGCGUCCGCAAUCACAGGCGACCUGUCAGACAACCAUGACAUCAUCUCACUCAAACUCUACCAACUGACCGUGUUGCGGAGCAAACAGGAAGAGGAAGAGGCAGAAGAGGAAAUAACCAUACCCAGCGUGGACAACAUGGAGCUCCUCAGAUUGAGUCAGACUGAGGAAGGCAUGAGCGGAUUGGCCAUUUUCUUCACCGUCCUCUUCUCCAUGCUGGGUUGCAUCUUUCUCGUCGUCAUAGGGCUCUUGGUCUACAGCCAUUGGAACGAAAGCCGGCGCAAGAGAUUCUACUGACAAGGCGAGCGGUGAAAGAACAAAAGGAAGUCCGGGGGAGGUGGGGAUGCUGUGGUCUACGGACCCUCGCUGCACUGAGACCAAUUGUGGGAUGAUCUUCACCUUGCCAUGGGUCGUCGACACAGAGCUUGACUUCUGAGCAGCUACAUUUCUGAAUAUGACUUUCAACUGUUUACUGUUCGUGUUCAGGGUUUCUUCACCAGGCAGUAGACUUGGUGGACAAUUUGAACACAACAUUAGGUACACCUGCACAGUCCGACAUCAAUCACGAGUUUGAGAAGCAUACUGGUACUCUGUAAGUGGUUCUCAACUGGUUUAGGUGUGUGGGACCCACCAUCACCCCCUCAGUGGAAAGCAGCCAGUCCAAAUUACAGAAAUUUAAACUCAAAACGCACACAUCUUAUAUUUAAAGGGCCAGUUUGCAACAAAUUUGUAACGUGUUGCAAGCAUUAUAUCCCACUCUCUUCCUGCUUAGGAACAAUACAUUUUAAUCCACCAAUUCUACAAUUAUUUGAACCAAAUGUGUGUCAAGGUUUUCAGUACAUCCUCUAUUGAAGAGUUGAAUGACAGCAACCUCCAGUUGCUCUUCUUCAACUCCUCAGAUGAAUAAAAAGUAAAUUCAAAGAUAUACAGUAUAUAAAAAUUAACUUUUUUUCUGAUUAACUCAGCAGGUAAUUUUAAAUAUAAUAGUAUGUCCAAGACUAGCAAGCCCACCAGUUGAGAAUUACUGCUCUGUAAUACUGACAGUUUUCAAUGUAGUACGGUUAGUCGGUAUAGAAGGCAGCAAAGGAUUCUGGAAAUUACAUGAAGGCAACUUAUUUGAAUUUGUACCAACAAAUGCAUCAUACCCAGAAACACUGUGUAUAUGACGCAGUGCAGUUCGAUGUCUUGUGUGACCUCUCCUUUCUACUUUUUUCACAAAUAAUGCCCACUGAACAUCCAAUAUGUGAUCAAGUUCAAUGCACUGAAGAAAAGGUGACUAGUUGUUUACCCAUUCUACUUUUACAAUGAUAGUUUGUAUGAUGUAUUUAAUGCUGCUCCACUUUUUGGAGUACACUCCACAAGCUCUCUGUUUGCGGCUUUUGAGGUUCUCCUUGAAAUCAUUUUGUUGUGCGAAUGACUACUUUGUGAUAACCACUUACUUUCCAGCAUUUUGAUUUUUGUUUAACCCUUUCCCUGUUCCGAUGUGCCUCAUUUAUCAUUCAGUAGCCCAGUUUUCAUAUUCUAUUUCAUAAGCCGAAAUAUUUCAAGUACUGUACCUCAUUAAAGUAUAUGUAUGGAUUGACUAAACACUGGACAACUUAUUUGAUUACUAGUAAAACAAUUCCACAUGAAUACAUAAGUCGAGUGC